AUGUCUUCUUUUUUCAUAUUUUUAACCUUUCAUUUAUUGUUAAAAGGGAAUAUCAUCUCAUUUUCUGGGAUAAAAUCAUUAACAAGAUUCUCAUUAUCACUUGGAAGAUGGCUUUCCAAAUCAGGUAAAGUAUGGUUAUCAUCAAACUUAUUUAAUCAGCUUUCUAUAUUCACAUCUUUAACAAUCCAGUUAUCCAAGUCUAGCUGGGUAGUAGAAUUACCUAAUAUGCUUGAAGUAUCUGUUGGUUCAUCUAAAAGAAUAUCAAGUGAUCCUGAAGAUAUAUACCAAAAAUUUUCAUCUGAGGAAUAUGCAGAAUUGAUGUAUCUAAUAACACAAUUUCAUGUUCAAGAUCCACUUGUAAAUGCUUUUAUACAAUUCUUUAACAAAUACUUGAAACGUGAUGAUUAUCCAUUAUCAUCAACAUCACAAGUUAGACGUGUGUUUAUGGAAUAUUUACAGUUUCCAAAUUUUG